UCUAUAGGUAACUAUCUUAUCGUUCAAUUUUAUAUUAUUUUUGCCGGGGUUAUUUCCGAUCCUAUCACAUGUGAAUUUACAUUUCGCAACAAUUGAUUUAACAACGGUACUUUACAGUUGGACCUCUAAGUAGUUUUUAAUUAAUACAAGGCUGUAGAUGUUAAUUUAGCUAAUAAGAAAUGUGAAAGGUCAAUUACAUCGAGGAUCUGUAUAGGUUAGCAUAAGCCUAUUGGUAGUAAAACAUAGUAAUAUUGUAUCAUCUACGUUGGUAUUGUAAAAAUACUUAUUUAGUCGAAGCCAGGCAGUGAGACCAGAACUAUGGCCGAGAAGGUAAAAAUGCGCAAACAACUAGGGUUGCUGGAAGGCGUCGCAAUUAUUUUGGGGAUUAUAUUUGGCAGUGGUAUAUUUAUAUCGCCCAAGGAAGUCCUAGAUAAAACUGGGUCAGUGUGGGGUGCUCUAUCCGUAUGGGCUGCGUGUGGAUUGCUGGCGACGCUUGGAGCCUUGUCCUAUGCUGAGUUAGGAACUACUUUGGCCCAAAGUGGAGGUGACUACCACUAUAUCAAUGAAGCAUACGGAUCAUUACCUGCAUUCCUCUACUUGUGGGAUGCCAACCUAGUAUUUGUGCCCAGCACAAAUGCAAUUAUGUCGCUGACAUUCGCCAAUAAUAUACUGCAACCAAUAUUUCCAAAUUGUGCUAUAGAUCCUUUGUGUAGAAAGCUAAUAGCAGCAGUUACUAUAGGUCUCCUAACUUUUAUAAAUGCUUACGACGUGAAAUUCACGACGCGCAUCCAAAACGUUUUUAUGUUCACGAAGAUCUCAGCUCUUGUUAUUAUCAUCUGUGGUGGAAUCGUUUGGAUGGCGAGAGGCGGUGUGGAGCACUUUGAAGACGGGUGGGCAGGUACCAAAACGUCUGUCAGUGACUGGUCUGUCGCGUUCUACUCUGGAAUCUUCUCUUACUCCGGCUGGAGUUAUUUGAACUUCAUGACCGAAGAACUGAAGGAUCCAUUUGUGAAUCUGCCCAGAGCCAUCUACGUGUCUCUGCCUCUAGUCACCGGCAUAUAUUUGCUGGCCAACAUGGCGUAUUUAGCCGUACUCGGGCCUGUGGGGGUCAUGGCUACGGAAGCUAUCGCUGUGGAUUUCGCGUCUAUAGCCUUAGGGUGGAUAAGAUGGGGUAUGCCAGCGUUGGUGGCGAUCGCCGUCGUCGGAGGCUUAUCCGUGCACAUAAUGGCUGCCUCCCGAAUGUGCUUCGCGGGCGCUCGUAACGGCCACAUGCCGGAGCUGUUAGCACAUAUCAACUACAAGUGCAUGUCUCCGCUACCCUCUUUAACUUUCCAUAUGCUGAUGUCGAUGAUAAUGCUGAUCCCAGACAACCUAACUUCACUUAUCACGUACUGCACUGUGGUGGAGUCCCUGUUCACUACCCUCAGCUGCAGCGCCGUGCUGUGGCUGAGGUACAAACAGCCCGACCUCAAGAGGCCCAUCAAGGUCCAACUGUGGAUGCCAAUAGUGUUUGUGGCGGUGUGUUCGGUACUGUUGGUGGUGCCGAUUGUGAGUGAGCCUGUGGCCGUCGUCGCUGGUCUCCUGAUGACGUUGGCAGGGGUGCCAGUGUACUUCCUCUUCGUCAGAUCCACGCCCGACUAUGUCAGAAACUAUUCAGUGAAAUUCACGCACACGUGCCAGAAACUGUUCCUCACUGCUGUCGAAGAUAAGGAGGAGUAAACGUUAGUAGACCAACGAUUCGCCGCUAGGGGCGCUGGUGUAGAGGAAGGUCCGUGGUCUAAGGCAAAUAACGUUUGUACUAAGCGAUGUAUUCUAGUUAUCUUUUCGAAUGUCAGCCGUAACAGGACUUUACUCGUAAACAAAGAAAAUAUAGACUGUCGUUUCAUUUUGCUCAUACAAGAAAGAGAUUAGAGAUUAGAGAGAGCGGUUUAGAUGUACACGUGUCAGUUUUAAGUGUCCAGUUUUUUUAAGGCCCAAUUUACCGCUUUGUAUGUAAUGGGCUGGGAAAGUGUAUAUAUCUUCUCGUUUUGGUACGCUAGCAGUCUAUAGUUUUCUUUGUCUUUGACAUCACUAGCCCAGUGGCGCCAACUAGUGAACGGGGAAACAGCUGACCCCAUUACUCAAAUUAUAUAAUUACAUUUAAGAACAAUGAACCUCAGUGCCAGAUCUUAGUUAUUAAUUUACAAUUGUUAAUUUAGUUUUAGAGAUUAAUUUUACAUGCUCUUUUACAAUUUAUUUUAUAAAAGUAUAAUUUGUUUUUUUGUCAUGUCAGAUACAACAUCGCGUCUUAGAGUCAAGUGUCACGAAACUCCGAUAGUCUAAAUGAUAGGAUGUUAGCUAAUUAUCUAUGAGAAGAAUCCCCAGUUUAUACCUUUUUUCCUUGAUCAAUAGAUUGGAUUGAAUGCGAUGGAAAGGUCUAAUGUAGAACAAUGUUCAUGACUUUUCAUUUAAAUAAUAACGGAAAACAAUAUCAUACUAUUCACACCAUAGGUCGUAGUGUGAGUAAGCGUUAACACACUUUAACCUUUUAUCGCUAACGUACGAUCAAUCUGUUAAACAUUUUCGUGCCAAUUUCGCAAACGUCGUAUAUAUCCGACCAAAAACCACUGCUUGUUACAUUUAAAUGUUGCGCAUCUAUACCUGUAAUUAUUUUCCGGUUGCCGGUAAUUAUUUUCAAUUAUGUAUGCAUCGCGCUGGUAACUAAUAUUAAACUGUGACACACGUUACAAAAACUCGCACUACGCGUCUGCAACAUCUCCAUAAGUUACGGAGGGUACUUAAAAUACUGAAUUGUAAGUAUAUAAUAGUUAAUAUUACAUAAGAUUGUUAUAGUUACCAUAAUCUAAUAGGCAUCGCCGAAACCAAAUAUAUAGUUAUAAUUGAUAUAUAUAAUUUUAUAAAUAUUUUGUACAUUUUGAGGAAUUCACUCUAGUAUUCACGUUCAGCUUCCUUUAUAUAUAUGAUCUGCAUACUGCUUUUAUAGAUAUUCGCACUAUGUUAGGCAAUAUAUACAUUUGGUAAACAUAAUACCUUCGAUUGAAGGUAAUUUUUAACGUAAACCUAGUUGAAUUAUAUUCAUAAGCCUAAAUAAAGUACUACAAGCUUUCUCAAUCAGUAUUAUAGUAGGUACUAUAUAUUCUCAUAGGUUUUAUAUGUGUUAUCGUAUAAAUAUAUCAUAACAAUAACCGAAAUCUCAAGGUAAAAUCACUAUUGGUGCCUUAAUAGAUAGCAACAUAAUCACAAGAAAAAAUAUUUCAUCUCAUCGGACAAGUAGUUUGUAACUAAAGAAUAAAAGUUAUAGGUUUUUUUUUAUAUUAUGUUACUGCUCUCUAGUUUAAGUUUCAAAAAUAGAAUUCUCUUACUAGUUUAGUUUCUUCUUACUUAUUUAUUGUUAACUUUAGGUAUAUAUACGUACAAUAAAUUAAGAUACCAGCUUUUUUAUUAUAGUUUUGCCCGAGCGAAGCCGGGACAGACCUCUAGUUUUACAUAUAAUUCUUGUCAUUUGGAUUUCUGUAAAGCCCUAGUUAUCAAUAGAAAAAUUUGUCUACUAUAUUUUUAUACUUGGAAUCAUCUAUUUGUAUUAUAAUUGUAGAUGAUUUUUUUGUCCAUUACUUUACUUAGUUAAAAUAAUAUACCAUUAUGAGUAUUAUCUCCUUUUUACAGUUUUUAUAAGGUCAUUAAUUAUGUAAAUAAUUCAGUUGUAAACAUACGUCUACCGCGCCGCUCCCACCCGGCAAAAGUGAUGCUUAUCGAAAAUUAGCUUUAAAGCGACCUCUUUGGAUAUACUUUACAUUGACAAGACGAGACCUGACAGCGAGCAGUCCGCUAAUUUGUUUUCAAUGUCAAUUAUGCUCUAUCCAUGACAAAUGACCUCAUUCCAUGGAAUUAGUAUACCUACUAACUGGUUCAUUCUUAAUGAACAUUGAAAAUUCUUUAUCAUUCUUGCCGGGUAUAAAUGUGUUAUGAAAUUUACACAAACAUACCACAUAUUUACUUGAGCUUGAGGCUGUGUCACGAGAAGUCAAUCGCUCACCAAGACAACAACGUGGCCGAUCUGUUUUUAAUGGUUUCUCAUAUUGCCACGUGACUAUUCUUUCGUAGUGCGGUCAGUACCGAGGUUCUAGCAAACAAUUAUACAGACAAUAAAAAUAUUAACAUACUAAAGUAAGAUUUCAAUGAACUUAUAUAUAUCUAUAUGUAAUUAAUUAUGUAAUCACUAAAGAGGCCCAUUUACAGCUGUCGUCUGCCGAUUUAUUCUAGUAAUUUUUGUCGUAGUAUUGGCGAGCUAGCACAAGUUUUUGUAAUAUUAUCAACAUCGAAAGGUUUAUAUUGAAAAUGAAAUGCAGUACUAUUAAUUUUCUGAAUAAAUUUUGACUUUCUCAACAGGUAAUGAUGUUCUCGCAAGUUGCUAGCCCCACUGUAUAUAACCCUGCAGGAUGCAAUAUAUUACUUGCAUAUUGCGACUAAGCAAGACUGUCAUGUAUGUUGGACCUUUUAAAACCAUUUGUAUCAGUACUAUAUUUGUAAAUAACAUAAGCUUUAUAUGUAGUGUUUAUAUAUGGUUGUACCAAUGUGGUUUAUAUAUAAAACUGCGGAAGGCUGACUACUUUUUUUAUAAUGUAAAAGGCGGUUUAGCCUGCUUCACAGAGUCGUAAUAGUCAAUGCUGAGUAUUUGUCAAUAAUUAAUUAACGUAAUUUUAUAUAAUCCUGCAAGUUACAGGCUAAGUCUUUAGGUGGAUUUUUAAGAUGUUUUAGGCAAAGUUAUUAAAAAAAUUGUUUCAUUUCAUACCGAAAUUUUAAGUGUAUUUAUAUUAAGUCUCAAUUGGAGUGAAUUGUAGAUCACCUUUACCACUUUUUUUUAGUUUGAAUUGUAGAUUAAUUAGUUAGCAACGAAUAUACCUCUUUCAUUUGUUUUUGAUUAUCUUUUUCGUAUUAAUUUUAUCAUCACAUCAGUUUCUUAUAGUGCGGCUAUUUCGUGCGCGACCUUCCUGCGGAGUGACAGACGUGGCGGCAGAUUAACCUAACUCACCUUACUAACUUGCUACCACAGGGAGGUUAGAUUUAUCUGUCUCCGACUGUACAUUGCUUAACUUUCCCUUGCGUCGAUUCAAAUCAUUCAUGCUAAGCAAUGUACGUCGAAAUACCGCGAUCAUCGCUGCUAUUUAUACCCUUUAAGUUUGCGUUUUCAUUUCAACCAAUCAAUACCAACAUCGUUUGGGGACUGAGGGAAAAUAUGAGAAUUACUUUACUCGAACUUUACAAUAGUUCCUGCAAAUUGUUAUAUUAUUUAAUUUAGUGGCUGUGAUACUUUCCUUUUUUGGUUGGUCUCAUUGGUUGUUUGUUAAUUGUAACAUUAUCUUCCUUCUAAGUCACAAAAUAUGGACGAAAGAAACUGAAUAACAAAGGAAUAUUUUUAACAGAAACACAUUAAAAUUGUGAGCAAUAUAGUCCCUAGGAAUUACACGAUAACAGCACUUUAUUUUGGUAAUAUAUCAUUGUUGAUACAAAAAGCAUGUUAAAGAAAGUUUUUCUAACGUUUGAGUGUAAACAGUUUGGUAUUAAUUUAUUUUGUGAUGUCGGUUUUAAUUUAAUUUGUUAGUAAUUAAAUUAUCCAGUGGUGAGGCAAAA